AUGGAAGACCGUCGUGUCAAGUUGACGGGAAACCAAAACGUCGACCUUCCAGCGGAGAUCAUAGAUGAGAUUCUUUCCAGAUUACCAGUGAAGCCCUUGUGCCGCUUCAAGUGUGUAUCAAAGUCAUGGCGGUCCCUGAUCUCUGAUCCUGAUUUUAUUGCCAUGCACUCCUCUAAAGCCUUUGAGAUUAAGGAUGUGUUGUCCCAAAGACUAAAACUAUUAUUUACUGACUGGGAAAGUGAUUGCGUUUACUGUUUGGAUGUUGGCCAGCUUCUCAACCAUAAUCAUAAUGUUGAAGUUGAUGGUUUAGUAGCAACAUCAGCUGAGCUCGAUUUUGUUUUCGAUAAUCUUCCAAGAAGAGGUGGAUACAAUUGUACUGGCCUUGUGCAUACGUGCAAUAACUUCUUAUUCUUCCAGAUAACUGACCCUUUUGAAACAAAUAAUAGCUUUUUGCAUAACCAUUUGAUAACUAACCCUGCAACGAGGGAAUUAAAGAAAGUACCAUUGCCACCACCGUGGAGGCUACAAAGGGAGCCUGAUUUUUUGGACUAUUAUGGUUUUGGAUUUGAUUACUCCACUAAUCAAUACAAGGUGGUUAACAUGCAGGUAUAUGUCAUUUAUGGGAUUGUGUUUAGUGUCUAUACAUUGGAAACUAGUUCUUGGCGACGAGUUGAGGGUGAAUUUCUCUACUUUCCUAUGAGUACAGGUGGAAUCGUGCUGAAUGGCCAUGUUCAUUGGUUGGCCAAGUGUGAGGCCAAACAAGAUCCACCAUUGUUGAUUAUAUCUUUUAAUUUAGCAAAGGAGGAGGUCUCCAAACCAUAUCAGGAAUUAUCACAUUCCGGUUUCUGGACAGAAUCACAUGAUCUGUUGGUGUUUGAUAAGUCAUCAUUGGUUAUGUACAAUUUUAAUGAUGGAACAUUUUGUAAUCUAUCGAAUGGUGAUAUUACCACAGCUGAUGGUUAUUUUGGUAGCUUCGGUAUCUAUGUGGAGAGUCUUGCUUCCAAUGCUUCGCUUAAGAACAUGAGAGAAGUAGAGAAGAUUGAUGAAUCCACUCCUCAAUGGCAUCCUUGA